AUGAGUACUUCAAGACGAGAUGAUGUUGAGAUUUUAGAUGAUAGCACUGAUGAUGCUGAAAUUCUUGAAGAGUAUGGCGAGGUUGAACAAGACAAGGGAAAUAAUACGAUGUCAUUUUCAUAUGUGGAGCCGUAUGUGAGGCUACAAUUUGACGGCAUAGAGGAUGCGCAUAGUUGCUAUAAAGCCUUCUCCAGACAGAUUGGCUUUGUAUAUUCGAUCCAAGUUGAUGUAGAUGGUUCGAUGAGGAAUUACUUUUGGGCAGAUGCUAGAUCAAGGGCCACAUACCAGUAUUUUAGGGACGCUGUUAUGUUUGAUGCUACGUAUCUCACAAAUCGCUACAAGAUGCCCUUUGUUCCGUUCACUGGAGUUAAUCAUCAUCAUCAUCAAUCUGUGAUGUUUGGAUGUGCAUUACUUGUAAAUGAGAUGGCCGAGUCUUAUACAUGGUUAUUGAAAACAUGGUUAGAAGCGAUGCUUGGUCGUGCUCCCUCUACAAUAAUAAUUGAUGAUGAUAAGGCAAUGGCUAGGGCCAUCGCAGAGAAUAUUUAUACCAGGGGAGCAAAGUGGGUGCCAGCUUACUUGAGAGGCACAUUUUGCGCUGGAAUGUCCACAACUCAACGAAGUGAGAGUAUGAACAAGUUUUUUAAAGACUAUGUUCGUGCAAGUACGAUGAUAAGUGACUUCGUCCAUCAAUAUGAUAAAACAUUGAACGGUUGCUAUUUUAGCGAGAAAGAUAAAGAUGUGAAGACAAAACCAUCAAUGCCAAUUAUGAGGAUUACUUACAGUAUUGAAGAGGAAUUGGCCAAGAUUUACACAAGAAAAUCAUUUCUGAUAUUUCAAGAUGAGUUGCUUAAUAGCCAACGGUACAAGGUGCACAAAACACGGGAGGAAGAUGGAAGAAAAAUUUACUUGGUGGGCAUUGAUGGGAAAGAAAAGCCAACAUAUGAAGUGACACUUGGGAAGGAGAAAUCAUAG